AUGUGCGUCACGUUCUUCUUCUGGGACUGCCUUUUAAACCAUGUGCUGCUGAUUGCCUUCAACAGGGACGAGAAGCUGAGCCGUCCUACGGUGCCAGCACAUGUCUGGGAUGGUGGAGAGGCAGGCAUAUUCGGGGGCCGGGACCAGCUCGGGGGUGGGACCUGGUGCGCAGCCAGCACAGAGGGCAAGGCUGCCUGGCUGACAACCUUCCGCCAGAAGGCCGCACCCUCUGCGGGACGUCCCAGCCGGGGCCUGCUGCCCGCAGCCUAUCUCGCAUCUGGCAGUGCUGAGUUGCCUGAAGAGUUUUUGAACGGCGUCGAUGCGCAGGCGUUUGAGGGAUUCAACCUGCUGCUGGUGGACCUGGUGCGCCGGUCCUGCGCCUACCUCAGCAACGGGCGGGGCGAGCGGGUGUGCGCGGGCGUGGACCCCGGCCUGCAUGGCCUGGCCAACGGCCUCCUGGACGCCCCCGACUUUGCCAAGGUGCAGCACGGCAAGCGCCAGCUGGUUGCGUUGCAGCGGAGCGGGGCUUUUGAUGGAGCCGACCUUCCCUGGGAAGAGCUCUUUGGCAUCAUGUCCCAGCCCGAGGUCCUGGCGAGCGAGGCAGGGCCCCUGCCCGCCACCGGGUACGACGCCGCGUUCGAGUCCCUGGUCUCCGGCGUCUUCAUCCCGCCCACCCACCUCCCCGCCCUGGGGGACGACUCGUGGUACGGCACCCGCAGCCAGACGCUGCUGGCAAUCGGGCGCGACGGCAGGGCGCAGUGCCGGGAGCGCUACCUCGACUGGAGGGGGCCGCAGGAGGCCGAGUGGAGGGAGGUCGACCUCGACCUGCGAGUCGCCGUGCAGUGA